CAUUUCAGUAACACCUUUACACAAACAUCCAGACAGAUCGAUCUCUUCCAAAUUUAUUUUCGUCGGAAUAUUUUACAAAUUUGUAUUCUAAAUUUUGAGGUGUACGAAACGAAAUACUAAAUUUUAAUUGAAUAAAAUUUGCAAAAAUUCCGAAUGGACAAGCAGCAGAAGUCUGAUGCCUCUUGCGGCCGUUCCACUUCGAGCAGCAGUCGUCGCGUCAUGUGGAAAAUGGACACGGACGAUAAGGAUGAGGAGGUCUUCGACUCGGUCGUCACCUAUCGCUGGAUGCCAGCAGAGGUCACCGUUAGCACCAAGAAAUCGAAGAGCAAUCCAGAGGUGGCUGGCAGACAAGAGGUUGCCAAGAAGAACUGGCGCAUGAUGGUUACCGAGUUGGUCAAACGCAAGGACCUGAAGCAACAGGAGCCGCCAAGUACAUCUGGCGGUGUUGUACCAAAAGCCAAUUCUUUGGCGAAACUGGAGGGACUCGACGGCAACGAGCGCGCCAAGGCUUAUUGGAUGCAUCUAUUCGACAUACUUAGGAGGCAGAGGCGGGAAAAACAAAUGGCUGUGCCGGAGGAGGACGAGGAGGAGGAGGAAAAGGAUAUUCCUUUGAGCGGCAGUUCCAGCCUGGCCCUGCGCUACAAACCUUCCCACGAGUCGCUGAAGUACAAAAGGAGCAAAGACCGAGGACUGGAUCAGGAUCAGCAGCAGCCGAGCACCUCCCACGCGGCGGCUGCCAGCUUGAAUGUGGAAACCUGUGACCUGCCGCCGCACCAGACGUGUGUGGUGCGUGAGCCUCCGCCAUUGUUUGCUCACCGCGUGCGCAUCUCAAUGGCCAACGACACCGACUCGUGCAGCUCCGGGGAGGUGGAAGCGCGGAUUAACGGCCCCGCAUCAGAUGCCAGCAGCGUGGCCGGACUAUCGAAGCAUCUGUUGAGUGUCGUACUAACGACGCCCGCCUGCAGCUCCUUUACAAGCGAUCCUCAGGUGGCACCCAGGCGUGGCAACGUCAAGCGUACAAAGUCAUCUUCAGGCAGGGCACGUUCGCUCUCGGUGUCAGACAGAAAGUUGACUAUUCCCAGCAACAGCGUCACGGCCGCUGGGUCCCCCUCAGAGCCGGCCAGAAAGUUGAUUAUCGCCCGCCACAGCGUCAAGACGGGCGGUUCCCCCCCAGAGUCGGCCAAAAAGUUGACUAUCCCCAGCAACAGCGGUACGGAGGAGUCUGGCAAUCUGUUGACAAACUCCAGUGUCAGCAGCAAGGCACGCUCCACUUCGGAGUCAGGCAAAAACAGCAACACCACUGGCAGCGUGGUGCCUAAUCUGCGCCAGCGCCAGCAGGAGCUUCACCAUUACCGUGUCCUCGUCGAGAAGCGUCGCCUGGACUUGCUCGAGCUCAAGAUUGCUCGCGAACGUGAGGAGACUCUGCACCAGGACAUCCUCUUCCACAAAGAUUUGCAAAUCAAAGAGAAUCUCCUGAAAACCUACGACGACAACGAUGUCUCUCACGCUUAGGAACUCCAUUGCAGUUCACAGUGCCACCCCACACAGAUUAGUAACAACAAUUACAAUAGGAUAAACUAAAUUCGCCGAGGUCGCAGUACCUCAAAAAGCAUA